AAUGGGCUCAAAGCCCAUCUUUUUCUUUCCACUUUGGAGUUUGGAGAGACCGAGACGCUGGAUGAACUGAACCCUGCGCCGCCGCCGCCGCCGCCGCCACCGUAGUCAGCAAGCGACGACGAGAUGGUAAGAUCCUGAGUCGUAUUCAUCCUCUGCGCGCUCGCUCGAUUUGGUUGCGUUGUCCUCCGGGAACAAGAGGUGCGCGCACUGUCGUCGCCGCCUCCGACUCCGACGACGACGAACAACUCCGCCACGUCGGAUUUGGCAUGGCUGCCGCGCCGCCGGCGUUCACCGGGAACCUCAAGAAAGCACUUGCAGGAUUGAGAAGGAUCAAUUUAGAUGGGUUGAGAUGGCGUGUAUUUGAUGCAAAGGGUCAGGUGCUUGGACGGUUGGCAUCCCAAAUUGCUGUUGUGCUUCAAGGGAAGGACAAGCCAACUUAUGCACCACAUGUGGAAAACGGGGACAUGUGUGUCGUACUUAACGCGAAAGAUAUCAGUGUCACGGGAAGGAAAAUGACUGAUAAGAUUUACUACUGGCACACAGGGUAUAUUGGCCAUUUGAAGGAAAGAAGACUCAAGGACCAGAUGGAAAAGGACCCAACCGAGGUGAUUCGCAAAGCUGUGAUGCGCAUGCUUCCCCGCAAUAGAUUGCGUGAUGAUAGGGAUCGCAAACUGAGGAUAUUUUCUGGAAGUGAGCAUCCCUUCCAUGAUCGCCCUCUUGAACCUUUUGCGAUGCCACCGCGUCAGGUGCGCGAGAUGCGCCCCCAGGCAAGACGGGCACUUAUUAGGGCGCAGAAGAAAGAGCAGGACAGAGCAGCAGCAUCAACCAAAGAUGACAAAGAUGGUAAGAGUGCCAAUACUGAUGUCACUUCAUAGGCAUCUUGGGAUUAUUUUUGGCAUGUAGCCUGUUGAGCUGAAUAUGCACUACAAGUCUAGGACCAUGUAACUUGGAAAUGAGCAGCCCAAUCUGGAUAUCUUUCUAUGUUAUAUACAGCAUAUAAUACUCAAAUUACAUUGUUGCUAAUUCCUCCAAGGGAAUAAAUUCCUCAUCUGCAUUUUCUGUUCUGUC